AUGCUUAUCCCAAAGGCCGACCGCAAGUUGAUUCACGAGUACUUGUUCCGUGAGGGCGUACUUGUCGCAAAGAAGGAGUACGAAAACAAGCACCCAGAUAUCGACACCCGUAACCUUUACGUUGUCAAGGCUUGUCAAUCUUUGACCUCCCGUGGAUAUGUCAAGACUCAAUUCUCUUGGCAAUACUACUACUACACCCUCACCCCAGAGGGUCUCGACUACCUCCGCGAAUGGCUCCAUCUCCCCGCUGAGAUUGUCCCAGCUACCCACAUCAAGGUCCAAAGAUCCCACGCUCCUCCUCGUGGAAUGAUGGGAGGUGACGAGCGUGAGCGCAAGCCAUUCGGUGGCCGUGGUGGACGUGGUGGUGGAGAGCGUGGUGACCGCAGUGAUUACCGCAGACGUGAGGGUGGUGAGAGCAAGGAAGGUGCCGCACCAGGAGAGUUCAACCCUACAUUCCGUGGUGGUGCUGGACGUGGACGUGGAGCUGCCCCUCCUUCGUAGAUUUAUUCUACAAUUUCUUUACGCUUGCUCAAUGCAUCCGACAGGAAUUCCUCAUAAACACUUGUAUGGUUGGACGACUGGACAGUAGCGCGUUAGGUCGAGUGAAAGUAAUCGCCGGGGGAGCAUAGGUCGAAGGUGGAAGUUGACACUUCAAAACUGUCAGGUAGCAUAAUGAGCUUCUUCCAAUACCCCUUCAAUUUAUUAUGACGUGAAAACAC